AUGAGAGAAGCUGUUACGAAGUUGAGCAGCGCGGGGCUUGUUUUUAGUCAUUUUGGAGAACGCAUUUUGAGAGAAAGAUUCGGCGUGGAGUGUGAAGAGAGUCUCCGGGACUUGAUGGUUGGGGUGUACAUACACCUCAUCGAAGCUGUAGAUGCAGCAGAUAAUGGAGUUGGCAUUUCCAGAGGGGGGCCCCCCCUUUACAAAGAAACCACUGGAUUGGCGAGUAGGGUUGCAGCACUGUACCCUAUCAAGUUCGAGGCCCCUGGGGGCCCCCCGGGGGCCCCCCAGGGGGCCCCCAAGGGGGGGGCCCCCCCGGAGGGGGCCCCCCAGGGAGGCGCCCCGGGAGGCCCCCAGGGGGGCCCCCAGGGGGGACCCACCAAGGCGAACGGGGGGGCCCCACAGGGUACUGCUGCAGCAGCAGAAGGGGGCCCCCAAGGCAAGGGGGCCCCCGGGGGGGCCCCCGGGGGGGCCCCCGGGGAUGCGGCGCUGGGGCCCCUGGGGCCACUGUACCUGUGGGAGUACCAGGUGAGCCUUGCUGCUGCUGCGCUGCAGCAGCAGCAGCGGGAGCUCUUUGCUGCAGCAGCAGCAGCAGCAGGAAAGGGCUGGGAGUGCCCUUUUAACUGGCUGGAAGUGCCCAUUUGGGGAGGGUCUGCAGCAGAAGUUUGGGGGUUUAGAAAAGCCAUUAAAGCAGCAGAUGAAACCCUCAAAGAAACCGUUAUACGCUUAAUUAGGGUUUGGCUGCCUGCGAGGAAAACCCUCAAAGACGCGCUGCUGCUGCAGGCAGCAGGCUGCUACAGCGCUGCAGCAGUGGAGCUCCCCAGGUGGACACCAGUCGAGGUAAUUAAUUAA